GCCUAUGGGGGGCGCGGCGCGGGUGAGAGGUCGGAGGUGGGAGAGCGGCGCCCCCGGAACUGGAAGCGGGAGCGGAGCUGUUCCCAUUGCCUCUCGCCUCCCGUUGUACCGCGGCGUGCACGAGGGGUUCCCGCGUGGGCCUGCGCUUCUCCCGCCAUGAGCCUGCCCCUCAACCCCAAGCCGUUCCUGAACGGGCUGACGGGGAAGCCGGUGAUGGUGAAGCUGAAGUGGGGGAUGGAGUACAAGGGCUACCUCGUCUCCGUGGACGGCUACAUGAACAUGCAGCUUGCAAACACAGAGGAGUACAUAGAUGGUGCACUGUCUGGACACCUGGGUGAAGUUUUGAUAAGGUGCAAUAAUGUUUUGUACAUCAGAGGUGUGGAAGAAGAGGAAGAAGAUGGAGAAAUGAGAGAAUAGGUGUUUUGUAUUUCUGGAAAUAAAUUUUUUUUCUUUUUUGUUUUUCAUA